AUGACAGCCGCUGCCAAAGCUUCUACCAAUUCGUCAAGCUCCACUGUCCCUAGUUAUGCUCCCACAAGAGUUCCUUGCCCCAACGAUGUAGAGUGGAUUCGUCCUGCUGUUGGACUUGCUCCAAAAGAGGCGGAGUAUGUUUAUGGACGAAAGAAGAAGGUUCUCUAUGCUCUCGAAGAAUAUCUCGAACGCCUCGAACUCGUAGACUUCGACACACGCCAGUACAUCCAACUUCUUCGAGCAUCGAACUUUUCAAAAGUACCUACACUAGGUUAUGCCAUUAGCGGUGGUGGUUGGGCUUCUUCAUUGACUGGGACUGGUGGUAUGAGAGCUCUCGAUGCUCGCUUCGAGCCAGCUGUGCAAACUCGUACAGGUGGCAUUCUGCAGAUGUUGACAUACAUGUCUGGACUCUCUGGCGGCUCAUGGCCAAUCAUGUCGUUUGCUACUAGCAACUGGCCCACGGUUGACGAAAUCACUGCGCAAUGGCACACCACUAUCAAUCGAAUGGUUGCUACCAACACAACACAGUAUGCUGCGAGUGCUACGGAUGUCUUUGAGCAGAUGGCGGAGAAAUUGAAAGCUGGCUUCAAUGUCAGUAUUGCUGACUAUCUUGGUCGAGAAUUCGCAUAUGAAUUCAUACCAGGCCCUGUCGGCGGUAUUGCUACAACGUUCUCUGGCGUGGUCAACCAGAGUAGUUUCGUCGACUACGAGAUGCCUUUUCCUAUUCUUCAAUAUAACGAGAUCGAUACUUUUGAUCCGACUUACUUCGGGCUUCAAUUCCCAACCUUCAAUGCUACUAUAUACGACAUCACGCCGUUCGAGUUUGGUGCUUGGAGUGGAUCAGUUGGAGCAUUCACGCCUACUGAAUAUCUCGGGACAAGACUGUCUGGGGGUGUGCCAGUCAACAAAAGCGCUUGCAUUCGAGGAUUCGACAAUGCUGGUUUCUUGAUCGGGACUUCAGCAGAUGCCUUUGAUGGAUGGUACAUUCAGGACUUGUCGAAUGGCACUGACGCACAAUUUGCAAAGCGUUCUUCUCUGGUCGACCUCAAGAGUCCAAGGCGCUCUAAAAUAUACAAGAGAGCAGGGUUCGGCGACAUCACAGCGACUCCAGCUGCAUUCGAACAAGCAUUGGGUCUGAACUUGACGAGUAUGGCUUAUGGCGUGUUCCCUAAUUCAUUCGCCAAUCUUACCACAACUUCACCAUUAGUCAACCACUCAGCAGAUCUGAGAAUUGUUGAUGGUUCAGAAUCUGGCCAGGCAAUUCCUUUGUGGGGUCAGAUCCAACCUGCCAGGGGACUCGAAUUCAUUAUCGCUUGGGAUGACAACAGUGACGCGGCACCCUACAGUUGGAACAAUGGUACCAAUUUGUAUGAUACAUAUUUGGCAGCAAAUGCUUCCAAUAUUCCAUUUCCGAUCAUCCCACCAGCAUCGACAUUUGUGAACUACAACUACACCCACAAGCCAGUAUUCUUCGGUUGUGAUCCACUCCUCACAACCACUGGAGAUGCGAACGGUCCUAUUGUGCUCUACUACGCAAACUCUCCCUAUUCUGCAUACACCAACUAUAGCUACGGACAAGCGAAUCAAAGCGCAUCCCAGAUGUACGACAUCUACUUGAACAGCUUUAACCUCGUCACACAAGCCAAUGGAACGCUGGAUCCGGAGUGGCCUGCUUGCAUAGGAUGCGCAGCGAUUGACAGAAGUGUCGCAAGAGUUGGAAUGCAGAGAACUGCUCAAUGCGAUUGCUGCUUCAAGAAAUAUUGUUGGGAUGGGUCGUACAAUAAUACUAAUCCUGGUGUUGUGGAUUUGUCUUUGUAUUUGGAUCCAAGCUUGGGAUUCUUGGAGUGGAACAAGACUCAUGAUUUUUGA